AUUCAGCGGCCGGAGCUGCUGGCGAGGGGGAGAGCGACCCACCCGGGGGUGGGGCCGGGCGUCGGGGAGAGAGGAGCAAAGGUGGCCGCAGCCGGCGUGGCAGCAGCAAGGCGGCAGCUCAGACCCGGAACCAGCCCCGAGUGCCCCGCGGCGGCUGCACGUCCCGGCUCCCCUCCCCAUGCGCCCGCCCAUGGCGGCCACGGGGCAGCUGUGGCUGCUUUACCUGUCGGCGGGGCUCCUGCCUCGGCUCGGCGCCGCCUUCAACUUGGACACCCGCGAGGACAAUGUGAUCCAGAAAUCUGGGGAGCCCGGGAGUCUCUUCGGCUUCUCCCUGGCCAUGCACUGGCAGCUGCAGCCCGAGGACAAGCGGCUGUUGCUGGUGGGGGCCCCUCAGGCCAGGGCCCUUCCACUGCAGAGAGCUAACCGGACAGGAGGUUUGUAUAGCUGUGACAUCACCUCCCAGGGGCCAUGCACACGGAUUGAAUUUGAUAACAAUGCUGACCCUACAUCAGAGAGCAAGGAGGACCAGUGGAUGGGCGUCACGGUGCAGAGCCAGGGCCCCGGGGGCAAAGUUGUGACAUGUGCUCACCGAUAUGAAAAAAGGCAGCAUGUUAAUACGAAGCAGGAAUCCCGAGAUAUCUUUGGGAGAUGUUACGUCCUGAGUCAGAAUCUCAAGAUUGAAGACGACAUGGACGGAGGAGACUGGAGUUUUUGUGACGGCCGUCUGAGAGGCCAUGAAAAAUUCGGUUCAUGCCAGCAAGGUGUGGCAGCUACGUUCACUAAAGAUUUUCAUUACAUUGUGUUUGGAGCUCCUGGUACUUACAAUUGGAAAGGGAUUGUUCGAGUAGAGCAAAAGAAUAACACUCUUUUUGACAUGAACAUCUUUGAAGAUGGGCCUUACGAAGUUGGUGGAGAGACUAACCAUGAUGAAAGCAUGGUUCCUGUUCCUGCUAACAGUUAUUUAGGCUUUUCUUUGGACUCAGGGAAAGGUAUUGUUUCAAAAAAUGAGCUCACAUUUGUAUCUGGUGCUCCAAGAGCCAAUCACAGUGGAGCUGUGGUGUUGCUAAAAAAAGAUGACAAGUCUACCUAUCUUCUCCCCGAGCACAUAUUUGAUGGGGAAGGUCUGGCCUCUUCUUUUGGCUAUGACGUGGCAGUGGUGGAUCUCAAUAAAGAUGGGUGGCAAGAUAUAGUUAUUGGAGCCCCACAGUAUUUUGAUAGAAAUGGAGAAGUUGGAGGUGCAGUGUACGUCUACAUGAACCAGCAAGGCAAAUGGAACAAUGUCGUACCAAUUCGCCUUAAUGGAACAAAAGAUUCUAUGUUUGGCAUUGCAGUAAAAAAUAUCGGGGACAUUAAUCAAGAUGGCUACCCAGAUAUUGCAGUUGGAGCCCCUUAUGAUGGUAUGGGGAAAGUUUUUAUCUAUCAUGGAUCCGUGAAUGGAAUAAAUACCAAGCCUACACAGGUUCUUGAGGGCAAAUCACCUUAUUUUGGAUAUUCAAUUGCCGGAAAUAUGGACCUUGAUAGAAAUUCCUAUCCUGACGUUGCUGUGGGCUCCCUCUCCGAUUCAGUAACUGUUUUCAGAUCCCGGCCAGUGAUUAGUAUUAAGAAAACCAUCACGGUAUCACCCGACAAGAUUGAUCUCCGCCACAAAACGUCUAAGCCUUGUGGGGCGCCCAGUGGGAUUUGCCUCGAUGUUAGAGCCUGUUUUGAGUAUACUGCCAAACCUGCUGGCUAUAAUCCUGUAAUAGGACUUGUGGCCACACUGGAGGCUGAAAAGGACAGAAGGAAAUCUGGGCUGUCAUCAAGAGUUCAUUUUGGAAACCAAGCUUCAGAGCCCAAGUCCACGAAGCUGCUGACUUUGUUGAGGCAGGAGCAGAAGGUGUGCGUGGAGGAGACGCUCUGGCUGCAGGAAAAUAUCAGAGACAAACUGCGCCCCAUCCCCAUAACUGCGUCAGUAGAGAUCCAGGAGCCUGGCACUCGUAGGCGAGUAAAUUCACUCCCAGAAGUUCUCCCAAUUCUGAAUUCAAAUGAACCCAAAGCUGCACAUACAGAUGUACACUUCUUAAAAGAAGGAUGUGGAAGCGACAACAUAUGUAACAGCAACCUUAAACUGGAAUAUAAGUUCUGUACCCGAGAAGGCAAUCAAGACAAAUUUUCUUAUUUACCAAUUCAUAAAGGUGUACCAGAACUAGUUCUGAAAGAUCAGAAGGACAUUGCUUUAGAAAUAACAGUGACAAAUGGCCCUUCCAAUCCAAGAGAUCCCACCAGGGAUGGUGACGACGCCCAUGAAGCCAAACUCAUUGCAACGUUUCCGGACACACUGACCUACUCUGCGUACAGGGAGCUGAGGUCUUCCCCUGAGAAACAGCUGAGUUGUGUUGCCAACCAGAAUGGCUCACAAGCAGACUGUGAGCUUGGAAAUCCUUUUAAAAGAAACUCCAACGUGACUUUUUAUUUUAUUUUAAGUACAACGGAGGUCACCUUUGACACCACAGAUCUGGAUAUUAAUCUGAAGCUGGAGACAACAAGCAAUCAGGAUAAUUUGGCUUCAAUUACAGCUAAAGCAAAAGUGGUUAUUGAACUGCUUUUAUCGGUCUCUGGUGUUGCUAAGCCUUCCCAGGUGUAUUUCGGAGGUAUGGUUGUUGGUGAGCAAGCUAUGAAAUCAGAAGAUGAAGUAGGAAGUUUAAUAGAGUAUGAGUUCAGGGUAAUUAACUUAGGCAAACCUCUCAAGAACCUUGGCACGGCAACUUUGAAUAUUCAGUGGCCAAAAGAAAUUAGCAAUGGCAAAUGGCUGCUUUAUUUGGUAAAAGUGGAAUCCAAAGGAUUGGACAAAGUAACCUGUGAGCCGGAAAAUGAAAUAAACCUCUUAAAGCUAAAGGAAUCUCACAACUCAAGAAGGAAACGAGAAAUUGCCGAAAAGCAGAUAGAUGAUAGCAGGAAGUUCUCUUUGUUUGCUGAAAGGAAGUAUCAGACCCUUAACUGCAGCGUGAACGUGAACUGUGUGAACGUAAGGUGCCCACUGCGAGGGCUGGACAGCAAGGCCUCUGUGUUGCUGCGCUCGAGGUUGUGGAACGGCACGUUUCUGGAGGAAUAUUCCAAGAUGAACUACUUGGACAUCCUUGUGCGGGCUUCCAUUGAUGUCACUGCUGCCACAGACAAUAUCAAGCUGCCAAAUGCAGGCACUCAGGUUCGUGUGACUGUAUUUCCCUCCAAGACUGUAGCUCAGUACUCAGGAGUGCCUUGGUGGGUCAUCCUGGUGGCUAUUCUUGCAGGGAUUUUGUUGCUUGCCCUAUUAGUGUUUUUAUUAUGGAAGUGUGGUUUCUUCAAGAGAAAUAAGAAAAGUCAUUAUGAUGCCACAUAUCACAAGGCUGAGAUCCAUGCUCAGCCGUCUGAUAAAGAGAGGCUUACUUCUGAUGCAUAGUAUUGAUCUACUUCUGUAAUUGUGUGGGUUCUUUAAACGCUCUAGGUACGAUGAUAGCGUUCCCCGAUACCACGCUGUAAGGAUCCGGAAAGAAGAGCGAGAGAUCAAAGAUGAAAAAUACAGUAACGACAACCUGGAACGAAAACAGUGGGUCACCAAGUGGAAUGAAAAUGAAAGCUACUCUUAGGGGAGCCCCCAAAGCUCCACGGUACCCAAACUGCUUUCCACCCCAAUCCUAACAGACAUUCAGGUGGAUUUGAAGACCCUCCAAUACCUGAAUGUUGGUUUCAGCUGACUACAAGCAGUACGAACCCAUAGUUUUUAACUGUGGAUAUUGUUACGUAGCCUAAGGCUCUUGUUUUGCACAGCCAAAUUUAAGACGGUUGGAAUGGAUUUUUCUUUCACUGCCUUAAUUUAACUUUCCAGGUUGCUUUUCAUUGCGGUGUGGC